AGCAUUUCGUGCAGUCCUUGUCGUCAAUAGCGUUGACCUCCAUAUAUGUAGGCUGUGCCUUUUGUACACAAAUUACAAUGCCACUUGGAAACCACCGAGUUGUUAGUCCAGUACGCCUCGUAAAGCCUUGCAUUUUGUGCACGAUAAAAAUAAUGUGGAUGGCUGACCAAAAUGUGACCGAAGGUUGAUCUAUGGUUGACCGGAUGGGAAUUAGGGUGAAAAAAGGGCGUAGCGCUACUUUCCUCGCCUUUAUAAUGGUACAUGUACCAACAAAAACUCCCGACAACAAACCACUGGAGACGAUCUCGUUUUACGAUGACCAUUACCUGGAAUGUCAGCGGGCAUUUGAAAAAGCAUCACCCUGGACCCCUGAUUUAAACAAGUGGAUACACACCCACCUGGGGUCGAGGGUGCUUGAAAAGCUCGACAGUACUUUGCCAGAGGGGGGACAGUUAAAGCUGCUCGGUAUAGGCAGCGGAGAAGGAGAAGUAGAAUACAACUUAAUAACCAGGCUGCUCUCCAAGUACCCCACAAUCCACAACACUGUAGUCGACCCCAGCCAGACUCAACUGGAUCUUUACAAGGACCUCAUCAAGGAAAAGGCACCCGAGUUAGACGGGGUCCAGUAUGACUGGCACGCCAAGACGCUCGCGCAGUACAGGCAUUCUAGCGAGGAGUCGGGGGACCGGACUAAAUUUCACUUCAUCAGUGCCCUGUUUUGCUUGUACUACGAGGCUGAUCUGUACUCGUCGCUCGAGUAUCUGCUCAGCAGGCUUGAGCCAGGAGGCGUGCUUCUUGCCGCAAUGGAAACCGACCGUUGUGACGUCAUGAAGAUAGAAGAGCGUUUCCAGUUUGGUGCGGACUCGGAUGACGUCCCGUUGUACUGUUUCACCGACAUGACCGCCCACUUUGAGAAAAGGGGCGUGCCCUUCGCGGUCCUGAACCAACCGGAUGACCAGCGGGACUUUGACGUCACGGCCAUCUUCGACGAGUCGUCGCGCGAGGGCGCCCUGCUGCUGGAUUUCAUCUCAAGCGUGGCCAAUUUUCGCCAGGUGGCGCCCCCAGGUUUACUAGCAGAUUUUCUGAGCUACGUUCGAAGUCUGGCAACACUCAGGGAAGGGAGAGUUCUUUUGUUUUACGAUACCGAUUAUGUGCUGGCCUCUAAGCCGAAAUUCAAGAAUCAUUUUGUUUAGCUAUUUAAAAUGAGACGAUAAUGCAUGUAGUACUUUCACAGCAAAGGGUCACAUAAAAGGAUCCAUUGUCACCAAUGGCGUCAAUACUGGACUUGUGCCACAAUAAAAGUACAACAAAUAAACCUCCAAUUGAACGAUAUCAAGACUGUUGCAAUUAUUCUAGUCGAAAUCGGAACUCAUGCUGCAGCUAUUUUUUCACAUUCUUGUCUGUUUUCAUGUCUGUUUUUAAUGUAUGAGAUGCAGAUCGGGUGAGGAUCUCUAAAUCUCUCUUCAGGACUUCGUGUUUGUUUGUUUGUUUUUGGUGUUCGUUUUCGAUGUGAUAUUGUCAUUAAUUCUGAGAACUUUUUUUUCUCAUAUAUCUUCCCGUUUUCUCUGAAAGCAAAAUUAUGAAUACUGCAAUAACGAACAACAGAAAUAACGUGUUUAUUUAUUAAAAGGCCGGUUGAUGCCAUACCACUUGUUUAAUAAAAAAAAAUACAACAAUAUAAAUAACAGUACUUUUGUCCACGACUGAUGUAAAAGUGACAAAUGCAAAAAAUGCAAAAAACCUUGACAAAACUUUAAUUUAGUAUUUAGUAUACGGUGAGUGGGUGUAAUUAAAACAGAAGCAUAAGUUCCAGUUUAUUCCGAAUGAAUUCCUUUAGAUAUGCGUGACUUCAGAUUGUACAAAGCCGGGGAAAGGGACACUCGAUAGAAAAGAAAAAAUUGCAGUUGCUAAAUGCGUACGAUUUCGUACAUCUUGCAAACGAUUUCUCAAAUCGAGCGAACGAUUUUCUACAUAGUGCGAACAUGUCUCAAUUCGUUUCCACGUUUUCACCAUAAAUCGCCCCGCGAUUUCCUAGAUAUAGAUCGCUCCCGUUUGCACGAUUACAAAGUCGUUCGCAGGAAUAACUAAAUCGUUCGAUUGAUUUCGGAAUUCGUGUGCACGAUCUCCGAAGGAAAUCGACCGCACGAACUAGACUUUUUUUUCGUGUCCUUUCCCACGGAUUGUGUGGAUGUUCAGAAUAUGUUGAUUUUUUUUUCGAAUUCAAAAUCGACGAUUAAUGUUUUAAUUUCCAUCGAUAAUUACAUAUGUUUAAUCAAUGAGGUAUUACUAUGGUGGGAUAUUUGAUGUUAUGUUAUGUUGUAUUUUAGGAUUGGUGAUAUGUGAAUUUUAAUCCACUUCGGCUUAUUUUAAUUGUUUUCUUAACAUAAUUAUCCAUUAAUAUCAGUUUUUCAGUGCUUUUUGAAAAUUCGUAUGAAGUUUUUAAACAAAACUAUGAUUUUAACUGGAAUUGACGAUACAUUUGUUAUAAAUGGACUUCUACCUCAGAUGAUUGUUUUUCUCAGUAUUUUAGACCAAAAUUUUAAAUUUUAAAUUGUUGUGACUUUUGAAAAGUAACCACCGAAGUUUUCAUCCACCCGAAAAAAGUAAGAGGUCGUUUCAUUUUAAAUGAUAGUACUCUUCAAAUGGUAAUGGUGGCCUGCAACAAGCCACACGGACCUUCACAUUUUAUGUCCGUUUUCUUGUGUCAAUCUCAUAUCACAAAUUAUGGAUUUAUAAGGGGGAACAAAAGGCCGUCCUAGCCUCUACCUACCUCAAUGUUGUUCAAAUAUUAUUGCUGAUAGUCCCGUCACAGGUUACUACAUGUAGGCCUAUAUACUAUACAAAAGACACUGUUACUUUAAGUUCUGAACAUUUUAUCAGUUGAUUGCUUACAUAAAACCAAGUGCCUUCUGCUAAAAUACCAAACCAACGUUA